UCGCGUGUAAUGAAUAGUCAGUAAUGACGUCUCGUUAUGACAACGCAUUCGCGGUUGGUGUAGGUAGAUGCCUCUGGCGAAUCCAGAGGCGGCCAGGAACUGACAUUUCCGACUCGAGAGCCGGCGUAAGAGACUGUCAUCCGACGUGGAGGACGGCAAGGCUUUUAUCAGGCAGGCGUUUAUCAAUCGCAGAGUCUCACCAGAAGUCAAUAACGGCAGCAACAGCAUUCACAAUAUCGAUAAAUUUGCCAAAGAAGCAUAAGAAAAAAACUCAUAAUUAUCUUAGAGCAAGACUCGCUCUACCACGAGCCAUCUUUAUCCUCUUAUAAGUUACAAUAAUCUUCUUCGCACGUGACGUGAAUAUUUCAACACGUUAAGUAAUCAACGUUAACAAGAAACUUUAUAUUAUGCGUAUUAUGUAUUAGCUGUAUUAUCACAUGCUACGUAUUCUAAUGUUUUAUGAAAAUUUAAUGAAUUUUAAAUAAAUUCACUUCA